UACAACUUCAAAAUACAAAAUACAAUGAAAAUCCAUCUGUUAUCGAAGAGCAGGUCAUCAGAUCAGGCAAUUGUCAUGGCGAGCCAGCUGGAUCUUUUGUUCCAUGCCAUGGAUCACCUGAAGCCUGACCAGCUGAAAAGGUUCAAAUUAUACCUGAGCCACCGGACUCUGGACGACUUUCAGCCAAUACCCAGAGAGCGUCUGGGAGACAGCGAUGCCACAGAUGUCGUGGAGACGAUGAUGGAGGAGUAUGGCAGCGAAGGUGCUGUGAGAAUCACAGAACAUAUCCUGAAGAAAAUCAACCGCACAGAUCUCGCAGAAUCACUGAGGAAAGGGACAGAGGAAGGGUCUGGCCGAGUGGAACAGGCUGUGGACAGUGUGUCUUCAGCAACUCUGAUCCAGGACCAGUCCAGGUGUGGAGAGUGUGAGCAGCUAACGAGGGACCCAGUCAUCACCAGCUGUGGACACCGUUUCUGCAGGCAGUGCAUCAGGAGCCACUGGAGCCAGUCUGGUUCAUCAGGAGACUACAGCUGUGCCAAGUGUGGGAAACGAUGCAGAACACACUUUUUACAGACAAUGCCAGAGGCAGGACCCAUCGAUACCCCACCAGUUCCUGCUCCUCCUAUCCACACCAGUGUCUUAGCACAGAGCGGAGCCAUAGUUAGUGCACCCUCCCUCACCAACUGUCACAUUGGCAGAUCCGUCUUCUUCAACGGUGAGCCGGGAGACAAGGAAGAUGAUGAUGAUGCUGUCUUAGAAAGUGUGCAGAUGAAUCACAAGGCCCAGAUGAGGCAGAAGUCGGAGUGCAUAUUUGAGGGACUUGAGAAGAAAGACAACAAAAUCCUUCUGAACAAGAUCUACACAGACCUGUACAUCACAGAGGGGGAGAGUGAAGGGGUGAACGAUGAACAUGAGGUUUGGCAACUUGAAACUGUCUCCAGGAAACCUGUAACAGAGGACACACCAAUCAACUGCAAUGAUAUCUUCAAACCUUUACCAGGGCAAGAUGGCCCUAUUCGAUCUGUGCUGACCAAAGGAAUUGCUGGAAUUGGUAAGACUGUGUCAGUCCAAAAGUUCAUUCUUGACUGGGCAGACGGGAGGGCCAAUGAUGACAUCCAUUUUGUGUUUGCAUUCUCUUUCCGAGAGCUGAAUCUGGUAAAAGGCAAGAAGUACAAUCUUCUUGGUCUACUCUGUGACUUCCAUCCUGAACUCAGGGAGCUCCAGGAUACAAGCAAAUGCUUCAAGCGCAAAACUGUCAUCGUUUUUGAUGGGCUGGACGAAAGCAGGCUAAAGCUUGACUUCCGCAAAACCAGACUAGCUGACGUCACUGAGGUGGCCUCCGUGAAUGUGUUGGUUGCUAAUCUCAUCAACGGUAAACUGCUUCAUUCAGCACACAUCUGGGUGACAUCCAGACCUGCUGCUGCUGGCCAGAUCCCCACUGAGUACGUGGACCAACUGACCGAGAGAGACAGAAGCUCUUGGAGUUGA